UUCUAAGUUAAUGCGCGCACUCUUCGAUCCAAGCUCUCCGGCAAUCCUCCCGAAUUAUGACGUACAACUUCGAGGCUGAACGACCUCUCAUCGAGCGCAGCUCAUCGACGUCGUAUAAUAGCCCGCUACCUGGUUCGAAGAGGAAAAGAGCAUGGGCCUUUUUCCGAUUCCUCCAUUUCUUCGGUGGUGGCAUUUACGCGCCGGGCGCGUCCGUGCAUGAUCCAAUUGAGAUUUUGCUUAAUGAAGAGGACCAAGAGGAGCAGGACAGGCUUACUCAAAUAUGGAGAGAUAAUAGGCUGAGUGAAUUGAGCUUCGUUGGCAUAGUGUCAGCGCUUCUCGCAGGAGUUUUGACUUCUACAGGGUCUUGGCCAAACAUCCUCCCAAACGGCAUGGAAUCACCAUGGAGAAUUCGUGCAUCUUUCUACUGUGGAAUUGUCCUAUCCUUAUUCUCUAUUCUCACGGCCGCAGAUCAAACAAUUCGUUUACACCGGCUAUCCUCCCACCGAGACGGCUGGAAAAACAUCCGGAAUCUCCUAGCAAAGGAAAAUAGCAACCGCAGAUUCUCGAAUCGCACACGGCGCCGAUUACCAAGCCCGCUUCAUAUAUGGACCUGGCAGAUGCCGGUAAUGUUCCUUACGACUGCAGCGUUUUGUAUGAUUGUGGGCAUGUUUUUGCAUGUUUGGAGUGCAACGACGCGGUUGGAUAACGAAGAUUGGUGGAAUGAGAAUUCGAAAGUUGCUGUGACGUUCAGCAUUGUUGCUGUCUUGUCGAUUUUCUUCUUUUUCUUUGGUCAGGUAAUGCUUACUACUCCUGAUACCGAUCGAGAUUAG